CCUGUAGAUCUCAAAGCGAUCAGUGAACAAAUAGGUCUGUCAAGUGGUGAAAUUAUUAAGAGUUAUAAUAAUCGAGUCUCGCUCGAGACCGGUCAGUUCUGUUUUUAAUCGCUGGGAGCGAACACGGAAAAUAGAAAACCAGCGACAUGAUUGGAAUUUAUUUACUAAUCGCCGUAGCGACUCUAAUCUACGUCUACCUGAAAUGGACAUUCAGCUACUGGGAUCGCAAGGGAUUCCGCUCGGCGGGCUCCAGUAUCCCCUUUGGAGUUCUGGAGGCAGUGUCGAAGGGAAAGAGGUCCUUUGGCAUGGCCAUUAACGACCUUUACAACUCCACCAAGGGUCCUGUGGUGGGAAUGUAUCUCACCCUGCGACCGGCUCUGUUGAUUCGAGAUGCCCAGCUGGCGCACGAUGUCCUGGUCAAGGACUUCACCAGCUUCCAUGAUCGGGGCGUGUAUGUGGACGAGGAGAACGAUCCCAUUUCGGCCGGUCUGUUCUCGCUGGAGGGUGCCAGUUGGAAGACCAUGCGGACCAAGCUCUCGCCCUCGUUCACCUCCGGUAAGCUGAAGGCCAUGUUCGAGACUUCCGAUGCAGUGGGCGAUAAGUUGGUGGCCCACUUGAACAGUCUGCUGCCGGCCAAGGGGAGCAAAGAGGUGGAACUGAAGGCUCUGAUGGCGACCUAUGCUGUGGAUAUCAUUGCCUCGACUAUUUUCGGACUGGAUGUGGACAGUUUUGCGGAUCCCAAUAACGUGUUCUUGGGCAUCAGUAAGACGAUCAAUCGCAACACCUUCACGGACGUAGUUCGGGGCACAACCUCGUUCCUCUACCCCGGGCUGGAGAAGCUCUUCGUGCGCCUUGGCUGGAAGCAGGACGCUAUUGAGGGCAUGCGUGAGCUGGCCAGCCAGACCAUAGAUCUCAGGGAGAAGAACAACAUCGUUCGGAAGGAUCUGCUUCAGCUUCUGCUGCAACUGCGAAACCAGGGAGAGAUUAGCACCGACGACUCGGUCUGGACGGCGGAGAACUCCAAACAGGGUCUGAAGAGCAUGUCCAAGGAUCUCAUCGCCGGGCAGCUGUUUCUGUUCUAUGCCGCCGGCUUCGAGACGACAGCCUCCACUGCAUCCUUCACGCUCUUCGAACUCUCCCAGAACCCCGAGGCGAUGGCCAGGGCGCAGGAGGACGUUCGUAGCGCCAUCGCGAGUCAUGGCGGGAAGCUGACUUACGACGCCAUCCAGGACAUGAAGUACCUAGAAGCCUGCGUGUUGGAGACCGCUCGCAAGUAUCCUGCGCUGCCUAUUCUGAACCGCAUCUGCACUCAGGACUAUCCGGUGCCCGAUUCCAAGCUGGUGAUUCGAAAGGGUACCCCCAUAGUGAUCUCUCUGAUCGGAAUGCACCGUGACGCCGAUAACUUCCCCGAUCCGCUCAGCUAUCAGCCGGAAAGGUAUCUGGAGGAGAGCAAGAGCUUCAACCAGGCGGCCUAUAUGCCCUUCGGAGAAGGUCCUCGUCACUGCAUCGGAGCCCGCAUGGGGAAAGUGAACGUUAAGCUGGCGCUGGCCAAGGUGCUGAGCAACUUCAACGUGGACAUCAGUCCGGAGAAGCGGGAGAUAGAGUUCGGUCCCCAUGGAAUUACUUUGAUGGCCGAGGGGGGCGUGCCCGUCCGGAUCUCCCGCAAGCAGUAGCCCUAAGCUAAUAAGAAAAAUAAAUAAAAAAAAUAAAAAAAAAAAAAAAAACUGAGAGACAAAAAUGUCAAUUGGAUGCACUUCUGGCACACAUACAUACACACACAAACGAAUAACAACCACACACAUACACACACACACAGUACGCACCUUUGUAAAUGUAAAUAGUUUUAUUGUUCUCUGCUCUGCUUUACAUAAGUCGCUCUAUUUACUCGACAUGGGCAUUCGACUGGGGACACUUUAGUAGUUGCAUUGAAUCUCCAUAUGGCUGAUAAGUGCACUUUUUGCCAAUAAUGACAAACACAGUAUGGCCGAAAAAAUACCCUAUUUGCUUCUUUCACUUUUUCCAGGCCAAGUUGUGUGAACUGCGCCACUCACACACACACACACUCACACACAGAGAGGCACGCACGUAUGCACGCAUACACUGGCACUCGGGGCCGCAAGGUGUUAAUUAUUGCAACUCGCGACUCUGAUUCAACUUCUAUGCAGCUCAGUCGGCGGCGAGCUAUUUGUUAUUUUCUUUAAAAAUUGCCAAAUAAAUACGACGAAUACGGAAUUAGGCGAAUCAGCGAAUCACUCGCUUCCCAUGCUGCGGCACACACUCACACCGACGCAUAUGUUCGUGGGCGCUAGUAGCGAUCUGGCAACGCCACACUUUUAAUGCAACUCUGUCUGCCAGUUUGGCUUUUAACAGCUAAAUCCUUAUAUUUCAUUUAUUUUCAUAAAUUUUAAGUAUUAAUUUUUAAAAUUAUAUGUUAUCAAAAAAAUAUAAAUUCAAAAAAUAUUAAUGAUAAGAUAGAAUUGCUAUUAAUUGUAGUGGAUAAACGUGUUUCCUCUUAAUGGUUUUUGAAUAAAUCUUUACAUAGCUUCUUAAAGUUAAUUUUUAUAAUUAUUCCUGCAAAACUACACUUUAAAAUGAGAUUCAAAAUAGUAAAAAUCUAAACCUUCGUUUUGAAAAAUAUCUCAACACAUGCAACGACAACCCUACAGAUUGCCACUUUAACCCCAACUAAGUGGCAACGCGCUCGUAAUUUUUCAGAUGAUGAAAAAGUUGACCAAAUAAAAUCAAUUAAAUUAUAGUGAGUAAAAUCUUUUGGCAAAUGUGCGGGGGGAAGGCGAUUAAGACACCAGAACACUCUAUACACUAGUGAGAAAUAACCGGAAAAAAGAAUCCCAGCAGGCACUGUAUAUGUGUUCGUGCGUAGUCCAUAAAUUGUUACAUACACACCAACGGGUCUACGCACACAGAAGGAGAUUAUUUACUUUGAUCACCACGUAUUAACUACUGGUGAACUAUCACUAAUUAGCAGACCAUGGACGGUAACAA